AAACCAAGUGGUUGUUGAUAUUAUGUAUGAGUGAUGACGUCUAUGGAUGAGACAGUGACUUAGUGGUAUAAUAGUGGGGCUGUUAAGAUUUGGUGGGCGGCGUUAGAUUUCUAUUGUGCUGAAUAUAUUGAAGUAAAUAAAAAAAUUAAUAAUGCAGUUUGAAGAAGUUGUCAAUCCUCACUAUGCUUUUCCAGUUGUAGGGGUUAUCCUUUGCGCACUUUUAGUAUUUGCUUUUGGGUUUAAGUCACCGGUUCAACCUCCUAGUUUUGAUCAAGUAAUUCAAGAAGACCGAAAAGCUAGCAAAAAGAAGAAAAUGAACCAGAAGCACAAGUCUCUACAGAAUGAGAAACCUUUAGAUAGUGGUGCUAAUAUCAAAGUUUUAACUUCACUUCCAAAACAAUUUCCUGAUCAGCCUCAGCAUUCUAAACAAAAAGCUGUGGUAGAAAGGCUAGAGAAACCAAAGAUAGAAGUGAAGGCCAAGAAAGAUCAACAAGGUAAAGUGGUUAAGCAGAAAGAAAUGGACCCAAUCAGUUCUACAGAAACCAUCUCUCUUGAUGAUGGAGGAGAAUGGGUACAGCUGUUAUCCAAAAAAGAGAAGAAAAACCGACGGAAAGAAGAAAACUUGAAUGAACCUAUAUUGGAAAUGAAUAAAGAAUUGCCAAGUGAAGACACGGAAAGUAAAGAAAGUACACCAGCCAAAAAGAAAAAACAGAAGGCAAAACGUGAACCAAAAGGAAUUAAAGACUUAUCAGCUAAUAUUCACCAAGAAGAAAAAACGUCAACUUCAGAAAUUGAGCUGAGUCCAAAAUCCCUGCAAAUUUCUAAGACAAGAGAAGAUAAAGAGAAUUUAUCUCCUGUAACUAUCUGCAAUUCUACUGCUUCUAAAGAGACAUUUCCAAGAGGCCCUGAUGAGCAAGUGGCUUCUGUAACAGCUAGUAUGUCUAACCAAAGUAAAACAGUUAUUGAAGAAGAAACUAUGGAAAAGAAGAAAAAUGAGAAGAAAAAGACCAAAAAGAACCAACAAGAGACUGUGAAAACAACAGUUUCAGAUAAUAUGGUUGUGGCAAGUAGUGAUGAUCUUGCACAGCAGGAUCAGGAAAGAAGGCUUGAAGCAGCAGAACUCCUGCAGCUAGCUCCAGAAACUGAAAAUAGUAAAUCAGUUACUUCCUUAAUAGGCAAAAAAACUAUUCAAGCCAAAGUUGGAAGUGAUGGUACAGAGAAACAGGCUGAUGGUAAUAAGAGCUCCACUAAUGCUGAAUUUGAUGAAUUAGGUGAUAUCAAGGAAGAUUUGAAGCCACAAAAAAAGAAGAAAGUACGACGUGAAUAAUGCAGGUUGGUUAUACAAUUAUUAUUAGCUCUCAAACUAGUGUGGGUGUCAAAACCAGUAAAGAUGCCUUUGAAGUGAAAAAACAGAUUCUUUGUAUCUUGGUUGUUUUCUGGUUUGGAUGAUUUUUGAAAGGCUGGUUUUCAGAAGAAAAUUUGAUAGAAAGUUAAUGGAGAAGUAUUAUCUGUGGCAUCUAAAUUGAACACUUGGAAGAACCCAAACCAUUGCUUUGUAGCUGUAUCACAAAAAUGGGUGAUAAAUUCAGCUUAUCCUUCUUGUAGAGAGAAAAUAAUGAAAGGCAUUGAAAGAGUGAUCUUUUACAACUGAACUACAACUUUUCAUUGUUUUUCCAUGUAAAGAGCUGUUUCUGUAGCAACAUUGUUAUUCUUUACUCUAUAAUUUACCUUCAUUACCUACUUGUGUAGGCAAAAAAAUACAGAUUUCCUGAGAUAGAUGUGUGUUUCCUUUUUAUUGAAUACCUUAUGAUCUUUUUCUGUGUAUUUAAUUUUUCAUGAUUUAUUUUGAUUAAAAGAGAAGCAAUUCUAA